AUGUCUAUGGAGGCAGGCGAUGAAGGAACGGAGGCAAAUGGCACCAACAAGUUAACAACUAAGUUGAUUAUCCCACCACGACAGAGACAAGAGCGCGGGGUAGCACGUGACUGGGACACGAAUCCGCGGGAGAUCCAGCCCAGACCACCUGAAUUCCAGAGAGUGAGGAUCGGAACAAGAAUAGCAAUUCAUCGUCCCGUUCGACUCUAUCCUUAUUAUUAUUAUGAUUAUUAUGAUUAUGAUGAUUCUUGCAAGUUACAACCUUCACCGCACGAGCAGCCGGGAUCACCGGUUGACCGGGACAAGCCGAGGCUGGACCCAGAAGAUGCGCAAUCACCGCCAGCUAGCAUCCGUUGUGACAGGUACAUUUGCCGACGUCAGAUGGAGCGGCUGGCCCGAGAUUGUCCUGAGCUAAAACAACCGGGCGUUGGAGUUGAUGGCCUGUUGCAGCCUUCUCUCGACCACGAUUUGCCAGUCCUGGAGAGCAUGAAAAGAAAGCUCGCUCGGCUGUCGUUCCCGGGAGAAUCGUCAUCCUAUCCGAGAUCGAGGGGGGAGUUGAUGGUGAACUUUGAAGGGAGGGAUGGCCUAGUUGGUAUCUUAUCAUUGUGUCUUAUAGGUUCCAGCUCCAAGACGAUCAUGCUCCGUCAAUAA